AUGGUCGAUAAGGAACAUUAUUGGGAGCUGAAUCGAGAAAAUAUUAAGCCGCUUCGUGGUGGUCGUAAUGUUCAUGCAAUUAAUCAUGUCUUUAGUGGUAAUAUGUUGCCGAUUGCUGAAGCUCAUUUGAAAUUUGAAAGCGACUUAAAAUUAGCGGAAGCGUCCGACGACCCAGUAGAUAUAUGUUUGAAGUAUGUUUCUUGGUUCGAUGAACAGUAUCCGUCAGGAAAAACAUCACAUUUAAAUCGGAUUUUGACUACGAUGAUAAACAAAUUCGGAUACAUGAAAAAAUAUACCAAUGAUGAGCGUAUGAUGAAAUUGUGGUUUAAGCUAGCGGAUAAUAGUACGACCACAAGUCCAGAUGCCUUUUUGGAACGUGCUUUCAUUGCUGGGUGCUUUCGACGAUUAUCUGCAUUUUAUGUUCGGUGGGCUGAGUUUCGUGAAAUUGUGGGCGAUAUAGAUGGUGCGAGAAAUAUUCUUCAACGUGGUCGUGAUUGUUUUGCUGAACCUUUAUCACUAUUGAAUGAUGCUUCGGAUGCUCUAGAAAUGCGUCAAAUCCAAGCAAGUUUGGUAAACCACACCGUUGAUCAUCUGGAUGAAUAUGAACCGCGUAGAAUCGCGUUAGGAGGAAUAUCCGGAAUAGGUCCAAAUGCUACUGCUCCACCGUUACGACUUUCUUCAAAAGUUGCAAGUGGAUUGUCAAACGGAAAGAAUAUAACGACUUCAACUGAAAAUAGCAAUAAAUUUUAUGUGUUUGAGGAUAACGAAUUUUGCUGUGAUAAGAACUUAUUGGUUCCACAAGAUUUCGGUGAUAGCCUGGCUCAUAUUCAACUCGUAGAAAAUACGAAUGAACCGACAAAGUGGAAGGAUGCACGCAUUGAAAAUCUCGAAAACGUUGGGCGACAGCAAGCAGCAACUUUUGCUGUUUUUGAUGAAACAAGUGUUUACGAACCACGAGAAAACAUAUUCAAAAUUUCGGGCGUAUUGGCUGUCGUCGAUAAGGUUUUAUUUUUGACCUAUGCCCCUAUCUUCGAUUUAUUGAUGAUUUAA